AUCUGAUGAGUUAGCUGGUUGCUAUGGUGAGGGGGCCGUGUCACGUGGCCAGGGUGCUGCUCCAGGCGGUUUGACGUCAGCAGGGAGGCAGGCAGGCAGGCAAGGGGAGAGCGAGCGCGAGGAGCGAGCCGCUGUAGCAAAGCAGCAGAGCAGCCCCGGCGCAGCCUCUCCGCCGACCUUCCGCGCGCGAGCGAGCGAGCCAGGCAGCCAGCCGUGUGGGGGUGGGAGCGCGCGCCAAUGCCGGGACCUACCCAAACGCUGUCCCCAAAUGGCGAGAACAACAACGACAUCCUGCAGGAUAACGGCACCAUCAUCCCCUUCAGGAAGCACACGGUGCGCGGGGAACGUUCCUACAGUUGGGGAAUGGCGGUCAACGUGUAUUCUACCUCUAUAACCCAAGAGACUAUGAGCAGACAUGACAUCAUUGCAUGGGUUAAUGACAUAGUAGCUUUAAACUACACAAAAGUCGAACAACUUUGUUCAGGAGCAGCUUACUGCCAGUUCAUGGACAUGUUGUUCCCAGGGUGCAUUAGCUUGAAGAAAGUAAAAUUUCAGGCAAAGCUGGAGCAUGAGUACAUUCACAAUUUCAAACUUCUGCAAGCAUCAUUUAAAAGAAUGAAUGUGGAUAAGGUGAUUCCAGUGGAGAAAUUGGUGAAAGGGCGCUUCCAAGACAACUUAGAUUUUAUCCAAUGGUUUAAGAAGUUCUUUGAUGCCAACUAUGACGGUAAAGAGUAUGAUCCUGUCGUGGCUCGACAAGGCCAAGAUGCUCUCCCCCCACCAGAUCCCGGUGAACAGAUCUUUAACUUACCAAAAAAGUCCCAUCAUGCAAACUCCCCCACUGCAGGUGCUGCUAAAUCCAGUCCAGUUUCUAAACCAGGGUCCACACCUUCUCGUCCAUCGUCAGCAAAAAAAGCCACACCAAGCAGCUCAGCAUCCAAAUCAGAUAAAGAUUUGGAAACACAAGUCAUACAACUCAGUGAACAGGUACAUUCAUUAAAACUUGCACUCGAAGGCGUGGAGAAGGAAAGGGAUUUCUACUUUGGAAAAUUAAGGGAGAUUGAACUUCUCUGCCAAGAACAUGGGCAAGAAAAUAAUGACCUUGUCCAAAGGCUAAUGGAAGUCCUUUAUGCUUCAGAAGAACAUGAGAGCCACACAGACGAGCAUGAAGGCGAGGAGCAGGUCCAUGAACAGCCCCAGCAACAGGAAGAAUACUGACCUGUCCAACAUCUUUGACAGUUUUCAUUCUGUGUGGGAACUUUCUUCUGGAGAAAGGAACAUGUGUGGCCUCAAACUCAAAACCAGUCACUCCCAGUCUGCCAUUAACAUUUAUGUACCGUAGCGAGUGCCAGCAAACCACUGCAUUCUGUACCCAUAUUUUGCCAAGAUGCAUUUGCAGAAGUCUUCUUUCAGUGUGUCUACCUGAGAGGUCGUAGGGCUACAUCACCUACUGUACAUCACUGCAACUUCACCACUUGGCUGCUUGAGAUUUGUUCCGCUUUUUAAAAAAUAUAUAUAUUUAUUUUUUCUUUUUGUCUUAAGUAUGAUACGUUUGUAAUUUGUUCUAAAAUGUUUAUAUUGGCAUCUCUUGUGGCAAGAAGUAUUGUACCACUAGAUGUGUUUGUCACUUGGUGGUGCUUUGGUAUUUUCAAGUACAUCUGCCUCGGGGCAUAAAUUUGGUCAAACAAUUGGAACAAAGGGAUACAUUAGAAGUGAUACUCAAGCUAUAAUGAUGAGGUGUGUGUUGUGGAGGGAAAAGGCGUAUGUGACUCAUAUCGUUCCUAUCCUGUAUUCACAAAACAGAAGGCAAAGCAACAGUUUCCCUAAUAAAGAUUUAAAACCCACUGACUGUUUUACACCAAAGCAUGUUAGAAAGCUGCACGAUAUGUUUUUAUUUCUGGAAGAUACAUGUCUACUUAACUGUUUGAAAGUCCUCUCCAUUUCCUGACUUUUCAACAGAAGCUUUCCCUGCUGCUUUCUUUUGAAGGACCUGUAUUGAUUAGAAAUUCUGUCGCUGCCUCCAGCUCAGUGCUGAUUCAGGAGACAACAAUCUCCUCUCUCUCGCAGCUGCAUCUGCAGAAUACCAUCUCUGACCUUGUAUUCUGCCUGCCACCCCUACAAAUGAGGAUCAAGUGGAUCAGCCAUUCCUCUUUCCUAUUCUUGCUUCCUCUCCCCUUGGCCAUACACCUAUGGAAGAUGAAGACUUCCUUACUGGGGCUAGGCAUGUCCAAGGUUGAUUUGCAGCAAGCCAGCUGCAGAACCAGUCCUGAAACUCUUAAGAGAUUCUCCUUUUAAACAUGAAAUGAUUUGAAUACUGAUUGAAGGAUAUUUUCCCCAUUCGUGCUUAGGCCAGUUUGCAUGCUUAGUGAACCAGCCAGAAGUCCUGUUAGAGGUAAAGAACACAUGAGCAGGGGAUCACCUGCAAGGCACAAAAACAGUUCUGCAGGCUGACUGACCUUACUACUGGAUAGGUUGGCCCAGUGCAGAACCAGAAUGUAGAGAAUUCUGUGCCAAGGGUGUUUCUUCUUAAUUAGGGUCCUUGUUACCCUCAUCUAAAUUAUGGCAUUUUAUAGGCAGAAAUAUAGCAUAAAAUACAUUUGAAAGCAUUCCUUAUUUAAAAAAAAUCGUAAAAUUGCACAUUUUGGAUCUAUUUCUGAAUCAGUAUUGCCUUUCUUUUACACUUGGUGUUCCUAGCUUCCAUCACUUGAUUUCUUAAUUCUAAAUUUAUUACUUCGGUUAUUUGAUUUGGCAGGCACAAGGAAAAGUCUCAUCCCAAGCUACCAUCACUCAGAAGCUCAAUAAAACCUUCUGAAUGGUGUAUCUUUUUAAAUCUUUAUGGAGUUGCUUUACUGAUUAAGCUCUAAAUUUAUACUGAAGCAGAAGGUUUUUUAAUUU